CGAGACGCGUUUUCUUGACGUUGGACCGGACAGGGCAGGCAACGAACGCCCAGGCCGACUGCCACCCAGAAUUGACCAGGCAUUUACCCAACGACCUUGCAUCGCUCAUUGUCCUAGCCUACCACUGUUCAUUGCGCGAACCUGCUUGCCUAAUCGCCUUGUAUUCUCCCUGGCUUCGUCACAUAGGAACCAUUUGCUUGAGUUUCGGAUUGUCACUGUUUGUUAUCUUGCACAGGAGUUUCGGCCCAUGGCCCGUUGGUAGCUGAGCCUCUCUUUCUCCCCCGUCGCAACCGCGGCCUUGCCUCGAACCCAGGCCAGUCGAGGCAACGAGUUUCAGGCCGCGCAUAAUGGCCGAUGCCCUGCCUAAAGCGAAGCGAAAUAAAAGGAUUAUCCCCGGCGUGCUUAGAGACGACUCGGACGACGAGCUCGGCGACGACGACCUGCCAUGGGAAUGGAUCUAUGACGGCGAAGGACCGGCCGGCGACAGCAAUGGAACCACCUCGAACCCCUCGCUCCCACCCCCGGGCGAGCCGUCGCAGGAUCCAGCGGCCAACGGUGCCGGCCGGCGCAAGAGGAAGCGAGCACCUGAAAUACCAGAGCACAAGAUUAUCGGCGCCCGCAUGGGCGAAUUUGAGUGCAGACUCGGCGACACGGUCCUCCUGAAGGCCGAGGGGUCCAACGAGGCUUGGGUCGGCAUAAUAUGCGACUUUGUCGAAGAGGAUGGUGAUGAGGGCGAGAAGGCUGCACACUUUAUGUGGUUCUCUACCGCGAGGGAGAUCCGCAACAAGGAGAAGAAGCUGACCGACACAUACUGGAACGAGCUCUAUAUCACACCCUCGUGGGACACGAACCCCUUGGCCGCCAUCAAUGGCAAGGCAACCGUCAUGUCACAAGAGGCAUUUCUCGCCAAGUACCCGAGCGGCAAGGUCCCGAGGAACUCGCGCGAGUUUGGCAAGGUGUUCGUAUGUCGCCGCGGCUGCAACACGCGCACAGCCAGCUAUACGAACGAGUUUGUGUGGGAAGACAUAUUUAGUGGCACCGCGCUGGACGUCUAUAAACUCAUUGAGCGUGUCAAGACGGAAACCAAGGCCACACGAGCGCGGCGCAAACCGAAAGAGCCUUCCGCUGACGUUUACGAGUUUUCCGCCGCCGGAGACGACGACGACGACGAUGACGAUGUAGCUAAGAAGCUUCAGCGGACACCUAAAAAGCGCAAAAUGGCAAGCGCGACGACUCCCAGCAGGGCGCGUGGGGCCAGCAAGCCUGCUACUCCGUCUUCACAUAGGAGGGUUGUGGUGAAGAAGCACCUAGAGUUCACGCCCUUGGCCAUGAGGACACUGCCUCCAAGCCAGUUGCAGGGCUCUCCGUUUCAGAUUGCGCGAACGCAGCUACACGUGGCCUCGGUGCCGACCAGCCUGCCAUGCCGCGAGUCCGAGUUUAGCGAGGUGUACGCGCAUCUCGAGGCGGCCAUCACGGACGGGGCCGGCUCGUGUAUCUACAUCUCGGGCACCCCUGGCACGGGAAAGACGGCGACGGUGCGCGAGGUGGUGUCGCGGCUGGACGAGGCGGUCCGCCACGACGAGCUAGACGAUUUCAUCUUUGUUGAGAUCAACGGCAUGAAGGUCUCGGACCCGCACCAGGCCUACUCGCUGCUCUGGGAGGCUCUCAGGGGCCAGCGCGUCAGCCCGGCGCAGGCGCUGGACCUGCUGGAGCGCGAGUUCAGCAACCCCAGCCCGCGUCGUGUGCCCUGCGUCGUGCUGAUGGACGAGCUGGAUCAGCUCGUCACCAAGAACCAAGGCGUCAUGUACAACUUUUUCAACUGGCCCGGCCUGAGACACAGUCGACUCAUUGUCCUGGCGGUGGCGAACACGAUGGAUCUUCCAGAGCGAACUCUCAGUAACAAGAUCAGCAGCAGACUUGGCCUUACCCGUAUCACGUUCCCAGGAUACACCCACGAGCAACUCAUGAAGAUCAUCCAAUCAAGACUAGAGGGCGUUCCCGGAAACAUUGUGGAGGCGGACGCCGUCCAAUUUGCCAGCCGAAAGGUGGCGGCCGUGAGCGGUGACGCCCGACGCGCACUCGACAUCUGCAGACGGGCCGUCGAGCUCGCCGAGGCCGAAAGCCGCAGCCUAACGGGCGUGUCGGAAGCCCCAGACACUCCUAGCAAGAAGCGGCAGCAGCAGCAGCAACAGCCAAAGCAGCAGGACAACGCGGCGGCGGCGGCCAAGAAGAAGCGCAACGCCGGGCGCGUCACCAUCGAGACGAUCCGGCGGGCCAUCGCCGAGGCCACGACGAGCCCGCUGCAACAAUACCUGCGGGCGCUCCCCUUCGCGUCGAGGCUGCUCCUCGCCGCGCUGCUGAUGCGCGUGACGCGCACGGGGCUGGCCGAGAGCACGUACGGCGACGUGCUCGAGGAGAUGCAGCGGGCCGUCAAGUUCGCCGCGGGCGGGAGCAGGCAGGUCGAGCUGCUCGGGCGCCGCAGGGUCAACGCCGCCGGCCAGUACGUGGCCACCGCCGCCGCCGACGACGACGGGUCGGCGGCGGCGGCGGCCUUGUCUCUGGACGCAUCAGUGGCGUGGACGCCGAGCGGGGCCGCGGCCAAGAAGAAGCGCGACCAGCACGGCGCCGGCCGCCUCGCCGGGCUCGGAUCCGCCGCCGUCGAGCUCACGGGCGCCGGCAUCGUCAACCUCGAGGCGCAGAGGCCCGAGCGGCCCAGCAAGAUCCGGCUCGCGGUCGGCGACGAGGAGGUCAGGCUUGCCUUUCGGGACGACCCGGAGAUCAAGGCUCUCGGCCUUGUCCUGUGAGCCUAGGGAGCUCUUUUGUGUACCACUCGACAAGCAUGGGGGUUUUUUUUGUAUGAUUGUAGCAUACGGUGGUAUCCUUCAUGUACGGUUGAAAGAAACCAAACGAGUAGAUGGUGUUUUUGUUGUUCUUAUAGAUGUUCCCUUUUUUUUUUUUAAAUAACACCCCAAAUGGGGGCUGCAAACGGCCUUUUGCUGUAUAUCGGCUUUCUCUCUUGAUACCAAAGGCCGCUAGACUGUUGGCUGACGAGAGGGAAAUCUAAUAACAUGGUCUGAUUAUUGUUACAUAAACUAUACUCAGGCGACCCAACG